GCGCCCGCCCACCGAGGCACCACCCCCUUUUUCCCUUCUUCUUAUCUUGCCUGCGAUUGGUUGGUGGGGAAAGUUUUUUUUAAAAAGCAGCAAGGCGAGGAGCACGUGACCCAAGCCGUGCGCUCUGUGGAAGGCUGUGGAAGCUUCAGCGGAAGAGCUUCCAGAAACAAGGAGGAAGGUGCUUUGCCACGCCAUGGACGACGAGGAUUGGGACAUGGAGAUCCACGGGAAAGAAGGGGCUGCUGCUGCUGUUACUUUGCCGGCUUUCCAGCCCAGCUUCCAGAAAAGGGGGGUGUUAUCUGGAAGAGUAAAUGAAACAACAUCCAGCUUCAGUAAGAUACCAGGUGUUGAUGGAACACCAAACAGAGAUGAGAAACCAACAGGUGGAUUUGGGGGUGGAUUUGGAGGUGGAAGGAUAUUUGCAAACAGAGGAAACAGGUAUGAAGAAAGACAGAGUUUUGAUUCAGAAAGAGAAUUUGGUGAUAAUGAAGACAGUCAGUCAGACAGAAGAGGUCUAAGGAGAGGAGGUUUUCAAGGAAUGAGUGACAAUGGUGCUCGUAGGGGUGGAAGAGGACCAUUUCAAGGUGGCAAAGGAGGAUAUGGGCAAUUUGCAAAUGAUGAAAAUGAGAGGCAGGAUAUAAGAUCAGGUUCUGACAGCUUUGGCUUUAGAAGAGGAGGUUUCGGUGCUCCAGCAGGUGACUUUGAUAAUAGAGGAAGAGGAUUUGGAGGCAGAGGGGGAUACAAAGGAAAUGAUGAAGAAAUAAUAGGUGGCUCUGAAAGAAGUAUGUGGAGAUCAGAUGGAGACCCAGAAAAAGGUGAUGGUGGAGGUCCAAAGGUGACAUACAUACCACCUCCACCACCAGAUGCUGAAUCUGCUAUCUUUGCACGUUACCAGACAGGGAUAAAUUUUGACAAAUACGAUAAUAUUCUUGUGGAGGUUUCGGGACUUGAUCCCCCAUCAGCAAUACUGACAUUUGAUGAAGCUAAUCUGUGCCAAAUAUUAAUGGAGAACAUUGCUAGAGCUGGAUAUUUUAAACUUACUCCGGUGCAGAAACACAGUAUUCCGAUUGUGCUGGCAGGACGUGAUUUAAUGGCAUGUGCUCAAACGGGAUCUGGGAAAACAGCAGCUUUUCUUAUUCCAAUUUUGGCUCAUAUGUUACGCGAUGGAAUUACUGCUACUCACUUCAAAGAACAACAAGAACCAGAAUGUAUUAUUGUAGCUCCAACUAGAGAACUGAUAAAUCAGAUAUUUUUGGAAUCAAGAAAAUUUUCAUAUGGAACAUGUGUAAGGCCAGUUGUCAUUUAUGGAGGUAUACAAAUGGGACAUACAAUUCAUCAGAUAAUGCAAGGGUGUAAUAUACUGUGUGCUACUCCAGGAAGGCUUUUGGAUAUCAUAAACAGAGGAAAGAUUGGGCUGACCAAAUUAAAAUAUUUGGUGUUAGAUGAAGCAGACCGUAUGCUGGACAUGGGAUUUGGUCCUGAUAUGAAGAAGUUGAUUUCAAGUCCAGGCAUGCCCUCAAAGGAUCAACGGCAGACGCUUAUGUUUAGUGCUACUUUUCCUGAGGAAAUCCAGAGGCUCGCUGGAGAAUUUUUGAAGGUAGACUACUUAUUUGUUGUUGUUGGACAAGUGGGCGGCGCCUGCAGUGAUGUUGAACAGACUAUACUUCAAGUAAAUCAAUAUGACAAGAGGGAGAAGCUUCUGGAAAUUCUCAAUGCCAUAGGUAAGGAACGAACAAUGGUGUUUGUGGAAACUAAGAAAAAAGCAGACUUCAUUGCAACUUUUCUUUGUCAGGAAUACAUACCAACGACAAGCAUUCAUGGUGAUCGAGAGCAGAGAGAGAGAGAAGAAGCUCUUCAGUGUUUUCGUUCUGGAAAAUGCCCUGUGCUUGUUGCGACUUCAGUUGCAGCAAGGGGCCUGGAUAUUGAAAAUGUUCAACAUGUUAUAAAUUUUGAUCUUCCUUCUGCAAUUGAUGAAUAUGUUCAUAGAAUUGGACGAACUGGACGUUGUGGAAAUACAGGAAAAGCAAUUUCUUUCUUUGAUCCUCGUUCAGACAGUUCUAUUGCACAGCCUCUAGUCAAAGUGCUAGCAGAUGCUCAACAAGAAGUUCCAGCAUGGCUAGAAGAAAUUGCUUGUAGUUCUUGUGGAACUAACUUUAGCAUUCCAAGGGGAAAUACAUUUGCAUCUGUUGAUUCUCGAAAGGUUUUCCAUGCCAAGGAGAAUCAGCACAGUGGAGAAUCUGCAGCAUCAAAUAUAAGUGCUGCUGAUGAAUCAUGGGAGUAGGGCUACCUUUGGUUCAGAACAAAGUUUUCAAUUUCCUAUACUGAAUUUUCCAAAUAAUAUAAUUGAGAUGGUAUGGAGGGAAUUAGGUGAAUAUAAUUCGUUUUCAGUUCUUGUGAUUUCAAUGGGACUUACUUCCAAGUAAGUGUGCUUAGAUUGUGAACCUAAAAUGUUUUAAAAAAUGUUUUAUGUUACUACUCCCUUGUGUUGAGGAUAUACAUAUAAGCAUAUCAGAGUAAGAAUUUAGUUGGUAUGCUUAAUGGUUGUGUGAAGUAACACCACUUUGUUGUACAGAACUGUUUUAGUUUAUUGUAAAAAUUCAAAUAAAAAUUAAAAAAUCA